GAGCCCUAAUUUGUCAGAGCCCAUAAAUGGGAGUUCUCCUUCCAGCCCACCUGUUCUCUCCUUCUCAGGGAGAUGGUCUUUAGCCUAGUUUUGCUGCUUUGGUUUGCUCUUUUUGUUAGGAAAAAUGCAACACAACGUUUCCUAGGGGAAGAACCGACAGCGACAUCAGACACUUCGAAUAUGGAAGCCAACCAAGAGAAUGAUGGAGAAGCCACAUCACCUGAUGCUGAACAAGUGAGACAACAAGAGAAUCUUCACUUGAGAACACCUGAGAAUAGGAAUCUCACAGGUGGAGAAAGAGGGGAGAUUUCCCAGUCACCUCAGAUACAAGAGGGAUAUGGAACUCACUUUGAACUACAAAGCUAUGAACAAAUCAAUUCAGUGAGAAGAGAUUCUCUCUUAGAGGACCAAGGUUUAAGUGACGCAACCUCCAGAGGAAGAGAAGUUGUGGAGAGAGGGCAUGAUGAAAGCUUGAUGCAGAGUUCUGAUGUUUUACAGGGGACGUCAGUGCAGAGCAAAAAGAAAACUUAUAUAUGCCCAGAGUGUGGGAGAAGUCUAAGUUCCAGUUCUUCCCUUUCAAGACAUCGACGACUAACCCACACAUUAAAAAGCCUGUACAAAUGCUCCACAUGUGGGGAAAUUUUUAGUUCUAAUUCAGACCUUUCAAUUCACACAAAAUUGCACAAGAAAGAGAAGCCACAUCAAUGCGUAGUGUGUGGGAAAAGCUUCAGUGUGAAAUCGUAUCUUGUUCAACACAGAAAUAUUCACACAGGAGAGGAGCCUUAUAAAUGCACAAAGUGUGGGAGAACUUUUCGCUUUCGUGGCAGUCUUUUUAAACAUACAAGAGCUCAUACUGGAGAGAAGUCAUAUACAUGCUCAGACUGUGGGAAAAGAUUUACUUCUACUUCAAACCUUUCAAAACACAAAACAUCCCACACAGGAGAGAAGCCACAUAAAUGCUUGGUGUGUGGGAAAAGCUUCUGUGUUCCAUCAAGGCUUGUUCGACAUAUAAGGUCACAUACUGGAGAGAAGCCGUAUACAUGCUCAGAUUGUGGGAAACAUUUUAGUUCGAAUUCAAGCCUUUCAGUACACAAAAAAUCCCACACAGGAGAUAAACCACAUCGAUGUGCAGAGUGUGGGAAAAGUUUUAAGUUCAAAUGUCAUCUUGUUCUACAUAGUAGAGUUCACACAGGAGAGAAGCCUUAUAAAUGCUCAGAGUGUGGGAAAGCAUAUUGCUCUAAAUCUGCUCUUUAUAGUCAUGGAAAAUUUCACAAAGCGGAGAAACCAUACCAGUGCUUGAGAUGUGGGGAAAACUUCAGUCAGAAAUCACGCCUCAUUGUCCACAAGGGAAUCCACACUCGAGAGAGACCACAUACAUGCGCUCGGUGUGAGAAACUGUUCCAUCAAGCCAUUGAGCUUCUACUGCACAAGAGAGCACAUAAACAAAAAAAAUCCAAUCAUUGCUUACAAUGCCGAAGAACCUUUCGUCAGCACUACCGGUAUCUUGUACACCUCAAAUUCCACAGGUGUAAGAAGUCAAACAGGUGCUCAAAGUGUGGGAAGAACUUUUUCUGGAAAGGCAGCCUUAAAAUACACAUGAAAAGACCAUGCCAAAGCUAGAUUAUGUGUACAUUUGGAAACUGGCAUAAAUAACCCAUAAUUAACUAGUAUUUGUAGGAAGAAGGAAACCCACGCAGGAGAAAAAGUAGGUUUCUUCAAUAGUCAUAGCUUUUUCUACAACAAAACUUAAACACGCUUAGGGUUGGGGGAAAGUGUCAGUAUCUAAAGUUCAUACCUGUAGCUUCAUGAGUUGCCUAGCCCUAUAGUGGAAAAUCCAUGGACAGGAGGACUUAUAUCACAUCAGGGGCAUUCUUUUAAAGUAUACUUUCGAAAAUGCAUUACUCAGGCCUGUAAGACAAAUAUUAUUUCCUGUUGUUGACGAGAAUUUUUUAAAAAAUUACAUUCAUUUUUAUCAUAAUUAUUUUUUGUGCUCAAGAGCUGGCACCUUGGACUUUAGAACAUGGGAGGGAUAUUGCAUUGAAUGGAGAUGUGGAGCAACUAACUAGUGUUUGUAGGAAGAAGGGAAACCCAUUCAGGAGAAAAAAGUGGGUUUAUUCAGUAGUCAUUGCUUUUUCUACAGCAAAACUUACACAUGCUUAGUGUUGGGGAGAAGCAUCGACAUCUAAGGUUCAAACCUGCAUCCCAGUGAGUUACCUAGCCCCGCUGUGGAAAAAUCCAUGGACAAAAUAAUUGCCUUUUUGGUUGGUGGUGGAACUUUCUGAGGGAACAUUCAGAACUUCUGUCAUUAGGGAAUCUCCUUGAUUUAGCAGACUUCUAUCACCUCACGGGCAUUCAACAUUUUAAGUAUACUUUUCAAUAAUUGUAAUGCAUUAUUCAGACUUUUAAGAGAAAUAUUAUUCCAUGUUGUUGACAAGGAUUUUUAACAAUGUAUGCUAAUUUUUAUCUUCAUUAUGUUUUGUGCUGAAAGGUUUGCACUUUGCCCUUUGGAGCAUGGGAGAGGUGCUGUGUAGAUUGGCAAUGUGGACCGAUUCCUUUUAAAGCUAAAUAAAUGUUUUUAAUUCUG